AUGGCGUCGCGAGGAGGCCGGAGGAGGCCAGGGCGUUCCCCUGCAUGCCGCGGCGCCGCCGUCUCCGCCCCCGCCUCCUCCCCCGGCGCUCGUCACCAUGAGGGAGUCUUGUACGCCAAGAAGGACUACAACCUGGCCAAGCACCCCCAGGUCGAUGCCUUGAACCUCGAGGUCAUCAAGCUCAUGCAGAGCUUCAAGUCCAAGGAGUACGUUAGGGAGAUCUUCUCGUGGCAGCACUACUACUGGUACCUGGCCAACGACGGCAUUGAGUUCCUCCGCACCUUCCUUAACCUGUCGUCUGAGAUCGUGCCCAACACUCUCAAGAAGUCCGCCAAGCCCCCGUCCCGCCCCUUCGGCUCUGGCCCACCAGAUGACCACCCCAGGUGA